AUGUUCCUCUCGCGCUUCAGGAGCGACGACGAGGAGGAGGCAGAGGACGUCUUUGCCAGCUUCCUGCCCGUCCUCUUCCCCGAGUCUGCGACUCCCUGCGUCGGCCAGCCAGGGCAGCAGCUCGUCUACUCGUCGCCUGCGUUUGGAGACCUCGCCCUGACGAUACCAAUACACCCGCUGGAUAAGGACAAGGCGGAGGAGCAGGAAGAAAGAGAAGAAGAGCAGCAGAAGAGGGCGAGAGGACAAGAUGUCGACAAGGCCUGCACGCUGUUUGCUCACUUUCUCUGGGGCUCGAGCUUGCUGGUGACAGACGGCAUAGAGAGAGCUUUUUCUUCUUCUUCUGAUGGUGGUGAUGAUGCUUCAGUAUGGAGCGUGAAGGGACAUGAUAUCCUAGAACUUGGUGCAGGCGAGUGCAACUACUGCAAAACCAAAGAAAAGCAUAACAUCUACAUAAAUCUGCAUGGCAGCAGUACCGCCCUGUCUUCCAUCGUCAGCGUGCUUGCCGGCGCAGAGUCCGUCACCGUCACCGAUCAUCCACUAGCCCCGAGCCUGUACGGGUCGAUACAGUCGAACAUCGACAGGAACAUACCCAAACACCUCUCUCACCGCAUCUCCGUCCAGCCGUACCAGUGGGGGGUCCUGGACAAGGGCGGCAGCGUCGACGAGGAGGAGCUGGAGACCAGAUUCCUCGACCAGAUGGCUGGCUUUGCGGCUGCCAACAGGGGACGGUUUAGCCGGAUCAUUUGUGCAGACUGUAUAUGGAUGCCGUCCCAGCACGAGAACCUGAUCCAGACUUUACUCUGGUUUCUAGCUCCCUCGUCCAGUACUCCUGCUGCGGGCAUUGCAUGGGUGGUUGCAGGCCUUCACACCGGUCGACAUAUUGUAGCCUCCUUCUUUGAAAAGGCCGUCUCGGCCGGACUGGUGGUCGAGAAGAUAUGGGAGCGAGACAUGAAUUCCACCGAGGGAGAGACGACGAGGGAGUGGAAACCCGUUCGAGAGGACGAAGGACCAGAGAACAGAGCUCGAUGGUGCAUCGUGGGCCUGCUCAGUAGGUAG